GGAGAACGAAAGAGCUCUCACUAGUUCGGCAUUGAAAAUUCUCCUCCUUCUCUCUAGGAAUAUUUCGACCGAGAUACUCCUGGACAGUUCGAACAACCUAAGCUCAUACUUACCACGAUUGAAACUUGAAUUUUCUUGGAUCCUCUUGCUCGGAAUUCAUCAUAGUAUCAUAAUCCAUACUUGGUUGUUGAUACUUGGUGUUUUUUGAACGAUCUGAAGCCAGAAAACCAAGUUUGAGUUUACAGAAUUAUUGUUCACGAAGUUCAAAAAACCAGAAUUACAUUUUGGAUCAUAACUCAAGAGUUUGUGAUUGGAUUCGUUAAAGGAGAGUUGCUUGGGGUUCUCCAUCACCUGGCGCACCUCCCCACCCUUCUCCGGUCACCUGGGAGCGCCGCCGUACCGGAGAAACGAACUAGCCGUUAGGCGCAGUUACUGUACACCGGCGGGGACUGUUUUACAGUUUCCGGCCGCCUACGACGUCCAAUCCAAAUUCUGAGCACACCUCGGAGGUCGCCUGGUUGAGGUGGUCAUUUUGGCACCGGUUUUGCUACCUAUAAAGCUGGAAAAUUUUUGAAGCUACUGUACAUGGCAUUGUUCAUCUGCGCAGGUAUGUACUAGUUAACAAUUUUUUCUUCAGUUUUUGUAGGUACCAGGUGCAAACGAAAUACAUAGCGAUGAUCUCCAUCUUGAGGAGAUCAACAUAUUGUAUGUUGGGAUUUUUCUGAGCACUUUGGUUCGUGGAUGGUACUGUUCAUCAUCUUCUUCGUUGAGCUCCGGCCAUGACCAAGAAGACUAAGCAGCACCGGACCCCACCGAUCAAAGAUAAGCAAUUUGAUGACAAGGUGAGAGACCUUUUGGCCAAGAAAGCAGCAAUGGAAGCGGGGAAACUGAAAAAUAAUUCCACUAUGAAGGAGGGUAUCCCUUCUUCGGACCCAAUCUUUUCAAACUCCUCAGGAGCUUUUGCCGCGGCACGAAAGUCAACAGCUUCCACUCCGGCCACGGCUUCCACUCCUGCCGCGGCAUCCGAGGCUACAGGGGGACAUCAACACAUUACCGCGGCAUCAACCAAGGGCACGACAUCGCUGGGGUCAUUUGCGGAAAAACUGCUGGGGCUGGAUUCCAAGUCCUCUAAUGCCGCGGCAUCCAAUGAACUGUCCCUUGUGAUCAAACCCAAUGUCAACAUGGAUGCUCCCAUCAUUGAGACAUCUGAUGAGAAUAGUCCUCAUGCAUGUGAGGAACCUGAGGGGUCUAUCUCCCUUGGGUCCCAAGACACUGAAUCAGUUGAAGAAGGAGAGGAUUUUGAAAGAGAGCCUUUGACUUAUGCUUCUUUAUUUCGGGACAACCGAGCACCUUCAAACGGCCUAAAGCUUGAGUACUUUCCUCCUUCGGGGGAAAAGCUGGAUUUUUCUCAUCUCGAGGUGCCUACCCUAAUUGAGAUUUGGGGUUACUGUUUGGUGGGCCAUUUCUCUGGUCGUUUUCCGGGUAUGAAGGCUAUACUUGACAUGAUCAAGAAAUGGGGUGUGAGAGUGGAUGUAAAAUCCCAUAGCAAAGGAUGGGUGGUUUUCAAAUUCAAAACUGAAGAGGAUCGUCUCAAAGUGCUAACCGAGGGCCCUUACGUCCUAUUUGGGAAAACCAUGUUCUUGAAAGUACUUUGAGAUGAUUUUAGCUUCGAGAGUGAGGAAUUCUUGAAGGUCCCUACUUGGGUCAAGUUUCUGAAUCUACACCUUAGACUUUGGAGAGCUACGGAGAUUGGUAAAAUAGCAUCUCAAGUUGGGGUACCUAUCACUACGGAUAAGGUAACCCAAGACAUGACUUUCACUAAGUAUGCUCGGGUCCUUAUUGAGGUAGACGCUUCAAAGCCCUCGGUUAUGAAUUUCCCUAUUGUCCCCCCUUCGGGCAAAGAGUAUGUUCAAAAGGUUUUGUAUGAGACUUAUCCGGAAUAUUGCUACCAUUGUAAAAGCUUUGGCCAUAACCCGUUUGAAUGUUAGGUACUAUAUCCACAUUUGGCAACUAUCAAGGUUGCCACGGCUAAAGGCAAAGGGACAGAUGCCACGACUAGGGGCAAAGGGACACAUGCCGCGGCUUUGGUGAAUGGCAAGGAGGGUACGGUGCUUGAUAAAGGCAAAGGCAUAGCGGUGGAUCUAGAACCACCCUUUAAGGAGGUGACUCGAAAGAAGGGCAAGGCUAAGGGGAAACCACAACUUGUACAAGACAUUGCUUCAUCGUCCAAUGGCAACCAACUAAUGCUUACGGUGUCCAACCAUGGAGUUAGUAUUGCGAAAGAGCUACUUGGUCCUUCCUUGACUAUUAAGCCGAGACCUAGUGUGAAAUUUUCCAAGGAAGACCACAAGUUGAUGGUAAUUACCAAAGACAAGGAGGGAAAGGAAAUCUUGAAGGAUAUGCCGCGGGGUUAUGUGAUUAGGAGCAUGUACGAGAUGGAUCCCAAGGACAUAGUAACCGGUGUUUUCAUGGAUGACAAGGGAAGGCCUCUCGCUACUACUAUUGACCUUGAUGAGCUUCCGGAUGGAGAGACUUUGAUCAAAGUAGGGGCUGAUCUCAAACCGGUGACUAAUGAAGAUGCCCUGGGCGUGUACUUCACGCACACUGGUAUUUUGAAGAUGCCGGGGGUUAAGCGCAAUGGCACUUGGUAUGAUUUCGAUCCUAAAAUCUUUAUUGCUAACGUUUUAUCUUUCUUUGAUCCUUGUAGUAGGAAUAAUGUGAGCUACUACAAAGAACUCCUAAGGAGAGAGCGUAGAAGUGCAAGGAAGGCGGCUGCCGUGGGUGGAGGAUCUACCACGGAUCUCUAUCUUUCUUAAUGACGAAGUUUUUGGUAUGGAAUGUUAGAGGCCUAAACAAGGUCUCUAAACAUAAUCUAAUUAGCUCUUAUAUUAAAUUGAAUAAUGUUUGCUUGGUUUGUUUUUUGGAAACUAAAAUGACGUUGGCCGCGUUUAAUAAUUAUAUUUUAAACAAAUGGCCGGAUUGGACUUUUGAGAAUAAUUUUGAUCUAAUUGGUGGGGGACGCAUGGCAAUCAUGUGGAACCCAAAUCUAAUAAAUUGUGUAUUUUUGGAUAAAGAUAAGCAAUUUAUGCAUGCUAGAUGUACUUGUUGUAUCACGCAAACAUCUUUUUUGACUACUUUUGUAUAUCCUUUGUAUACGGUCCUUGAAAGAAAGACCUUGUGGGAUCAUUUAACCUUGGUUGGAGACCUUUUGGUUGAACCUUGGAUUAUUUGUGGUGAUUUUAAUUGCAUUGCCGCGCCUAAUGAAACGGUGGGUCCUACCCCCCCUACGGCGUAUGUUAUGCAACACCUUUUUGACUUUAAAGUCUCGGCUAGCCUACAAGAUGCACCCUCCACAGGAGAGUUCUUUACAUGGAACAAAGGUGCACUUUGGGCUAAUCUAGACCGUGUAUUGAUCAAUGAUGUUUGGGAAAUCAAUAACAUAAGGUGUACGGCCCAUUUCCACGAAAUGGAGGUUGAGUUUGACCAUACGGCCUCCGUUGUGUCAAUACUCCUUAAUUCCUCUCCAAGGCCUAAACCUUUUAAAAAUUUUAAUAUGUGGAUUACGCAUCAUGACUUUGCUAAUUUAGUAGCGCAGCAUUGGAAUCAAGAGAUUGAAGGUACGACACAAUUUUCCAUGGUGAGGAAACUAAAGUUGCUAAAAAGGCCACUUAAGAACCUUAACGCCAAGGAUUUUGGCCAUAUCCCCAAUAAAGCUAAAGUGGCAAAGGAGGAAUUUAAAAGAAUUCACAAGCUUUUCCUCCAAAAUCCCUUGGAUGAGGGUCUCCAAAGCCAAUUAGAGGAAGCUACCAAGAGGGCUAGGUUCCUUAGUGAGGCCAAAUGCAGUUUUUUCCAACAAAAGGCAAAGGCGACUCACAUCCUAGAAGCGGAUAAGGGGACAAGGUAUUUUCAUGCAAUUGUGAAGCGGAAGACCACAAAGAAUACUAUAGCGGCUAGUACUCUUGAGGAUGGGAGCCGCACCACUUCUUUGGAGCAAGUCGGUAAUGAAUUCGUUAAUUUUUUUGUAGAUUUAUUUGGCUCCGUUGGGGAAACCCAACCUAUAGACCCAAUGAUUUUGAAUUCUGGCCCAAAAAUUGAACCUAGUGUUCAUGAAAGCCUCAUUGCCCCUGUUGAGACAAAAGAUAUCAAAUAUGCGCUAUUUGAUAUAGGGGAUGAUAAGGCGUCGGGGCCGGAUGGAUAUUCCUCCGCUUUUUUUAAAGCAAAUUGGAAUAUUGUGGGUGAUGAUUUAGUACGGGCUACUGAGGAUUUUUUUCGUUCGGGAAAGUUAUUAAAGCAAAUUAACCAUACGGUUAUUGCACUUAUCCCCAAGACGACUCACUCUCCUAAGGUCUCGGAUUUUAGACCGAUUUCGUGCACUAAUGUGUUGUAUAAAGUCAUUACGAAGAUUCUUGCCGCUAGACUCAUACCAUGCCUACCGGGUUUGAUUGACCUAGCCCAAGGAGCUUUUGUUGACGGCCGCCUCAUGUUUGAUAACAUAUUCCUUGCCCAGGAACUUGUUAGAGGAUACAUGAGGAAGCGAAUCUCACCUCGAUGUAUGAUCAAGGUGGAUUUGCGUAAGGCCUAUGACACUAUCUCAUGGGAUUUUCUUCAGAAUGUUUUGCAGGGUUUGAGCUUCCCGGAAAAAUUUAUUGCUUGGAUUAUGGAAUGUGUAACAACUGCAUCCUUUUCGGUAUCCUUAAACGGGUUGUUAUAUGGUUUUUUCAAAGGAAAAAGAGGAAUUAGACAAGGAGACCCGAUGUCCCCUUUGCUAUUUGUUAUGUGCUUGGAAUAUUUUUCUAGCAUGAUUAAUUUGAAAACCAAAGGGCCCAAUUUUAAUUUCCAUCCCCAAUGUGCUUCACUUGGUAUUUCCCAUCUAGCCUAUGCAGAUGAUCUUAUUCUUUUCUCUAGGGGCGACAUUUUUUCAAUUGAAAUCUUAGUCAAUGCUCUUAAAGAAUUCAGGGAUGCAUCUGGCUUAAUGGUGAAUAAGGACAAAUCGAAUAUUUUCGUGGGGGGAAUUAAAGAUAACGAUCUAAGGGAGAUCAUGGCCCUUGUGGAUUUUGGGCGUGGCCAAUUCCCGGUGAAAUACCUUGGAAUCCCACUUGCCCCACUUAAUAUUUCGGUUGCACAAUAUGCACCUUUAAUCGAUUCCAUCUCUGAUUGUCUUAUUGUGUGGAACACUAAGACCCUUUCCUAUGGCGGAAAAUUAGAGCUGAUAAGAUCGGUUAUCCAAGGGGUACAAUCUUUUUUGCUCCAAGUUUUCCCGGUCCCCCAAACCAUCCUUGAUAGGAUUGUUUCUAUUUGUCGUAUCUUUUUAUGGGGUGGGAAAUAUUCUAAAGUGGCUUGGGGUGACAUUUGCCUUCCAAGAGAGGAGGGGGGCCUUGGCAUUCAUAAUGCCAAGAUUUGGAACCAUGCCCUCCUUGCUCGCACACUUUGGGAUGUCCAUAGAAAGAAGGACACCUUAUGGGUUAGGUGGGUCAAUGGGAUCUACCUCAAAGGUAGGAGUGUGUGGGAUUUUAUCCCACACAAUCGUGACUCAAUGUUCAUGAAGAAGUUGAGCCACAUCCGAGACCGAAUUGUGGGAUGCUUUAAUAAUUUAAAUGAUACUAUCUUGGGACUUAAUGCAAGAUCUUUUAAUGGGAAGCUUAUCUCCGGAAAAAAUUAUGAUCUUCUAAGAAUUAAAGGGGAACCUAGGACUUGGAUGAGUUUCAUUUGGAAAUCAUAUAUCCCUCCCAAGUUCUCCUUUAAUGUUUGGCUUGCUUUCCGGAAUAGGUUACCGACUCAGGAUAAUCUUGAAUAUUUGCAUAUUGUUAAUAGAUGUGACCCGUGCAAGGGUGGAUUGGAAACAAUACCACACCUAUUCUUUAUUUGCCCUUUUUCUUGUAGGAUUUGGGAACAAGUGAAGAACUGGCUAGGAAUGACGCAUCAAAUGACUACAGUUUGGAGCUCGGUCAAAUGGAUCCUUAAGGAGAACAAGGGAUCUAAGUUGAAAGGGAAAGCGGUUCGAAUUGCCUUUUGUGCUACUAUAUACCACAUUUGGCAAGCUCGGAACGCUAACCGAUUUGAUGAUGUAUGUAAAAGGGAAGAUGAAGUCAUUGCAAAGAUCAAACACGUGGUGUAUAAGAUAAUCUUCAACAUAUACCCGCGUGAGAUGGUCAAAUUUUGAGAGAUGGACUUCGCCUACAAAUUCUGAUGCCGCGGCAUGAUGUCUUUGGAGCCCGAGUUGAUGUGUCUUGCAUCACAUUUGUAACUUUGGAUGUCUUGGUUUAAGGGAGUGUGUGUAUUAACCUCCUUAACCAUAGCGUAAUUUUUGGUCUUGAUGUGAUCUGUGUGCGUGCUUCAUGCAACACCGAUUUAUUUUUUCUUUUUGGGGCAUUUAGUAUCUAUACUUAGGCCCCUUUUUGAUUUUGAUUUUGGAAUAGAUCGAAUAAAAACCUCUCCUUACCCCUACUUUUUGUAGGGGUGGGAGGGGGGGUUAGGAGAUCUAGAACCCAUGAUGUAUAGUUUCUUUUGGGUGUUAAUAUAAAUUUACAUUUCAU